CAAAAAUGUAACCGUUCUUGCUGAGCUAUACCACAAGGGUGAUGGGAAGUGAGCAUAGUAGACUUUCUUCUUCCAGUCAUACCAAUCGCCGAAAACGGCUCAGUUUACCAUCGCAUUUGGCUUCAGCGCAACGAAGUGUGAGCUGUGAACUAAGCAGCCCUACUCCUGGAAGCAGUUCCAGCGCACCUCCAAGCGACAGUCAUCCGAACUGCUGUGUUUCAUGCGGUUACCCUGCUCCAAAGGAACAAUUCACGGAGUUUGAGCAAGAUGUACUACUGUCAACAUGGCCCCUAAUUGCUGCGGAUAAACUGACCCAUGGAAGUAUGGUGAUCGAAAAUGCGCACCGACUGUUUCCCGGUCUGGACAAGUUCUUACCUGUAAGCAUUUUUGGUCGGGCAAAUGUGGGCCAACAUCCCAGGGCAAAACAACACAUUCUGACUUUCAUGCAAGUACUUGAGGACGCAAUAGAGGCAUUGAAUGGCAAUUGGGAUGAAUGCUACGAGCGGCUGAUACUUUUGGGUGCUCGGCAUGCGACGAUACCAGGCAUGAAAUUGGAAUACUUUAAGGUCUUCAAACAAGCCAUUCUAACGACCUGGGACAGUUUAAUGUAUGAGGAAUUCACGGACGACGUGCGGAGAGCUUGGGCACACUUGCUAGACUGUAUUAUCCAUACGAUGUGUGAAGGUUGUCUGGUUUUCGAGGAGGAAGAGGACAAAAUGAUUUGUAGCGGUCAAUUGCCUCAUCGCGCUUCAGACAGUCAGCUGGAACAGUUCUCGUUCACUCGCAGGCGAAGUGGGCGACCCAGCGUUGUGAAUAUGACUCACGAAGAACUACUGCGAUUUUAUUCUAAUUGGAAAUGAGCAAUUUUGUAAUACAUUCGAUUGUAGAUAUGA